AUGGAGCACCGAAAGGUUAGAGGUAACGGCAUAGACAUCCACGUGGCGAUCCAAGGCCCUUCUGAUGGUCCCAUAGUUCUCCUCAUCCAUGGAUUCCCUACGCUCUGGUACUCAUGGCGCCACCAGAUCCCCGGUCUCGCUGCUCUUGGCUACCGCGCCGUUGCUCCUGACUUACGUGGUUAUGGUGACUCCGAUGCGCCGCCGGAUAUCUCUUCCUACACUUGCUUCCACAUCGUAGGUGACUUAAUCGCAGUCAUAACGGCCUUAACGGAAGAGAAAGUGUUUGUGGUUGGCCAUGAUUGGGGAGCUCUCAUCGCUUGGUAUCUUUGUCUCUUCCGACCUGAUAAAGUCAAAGCCCUGGUCAACCUCUCUGUUCCUUUCUGUUUCCAUACUACAGAUCCUACCGUUAAACCUCUUGACGUCUUGCGUAAGUUCUAUGGCGACGAUUUCUACAUGUGCCGGUUUCAGGUUCGUUAA